AUGGGCCGGGUCGGGCUAAUAAAAACCAGCCCAUGGGCUAUCAACAUUGGCCCGGCCCAGCCCAUGGUUUUUCCUAAAAAAAUCGGCCCGCCCAUGAAAUCAAAAAGCAAAUUAAUUGAAGAUUUGUACAAAAAUAGACUUGAAUAUUGUAAUGUUGCAAAUCUAGGUAUUGAAGAUAGAUUAGAAGAAAGUCAAAUUCAAGAUAUACUUAUUGGUAAUGAUUCCAGCAAAGCUGUAUUUCUUUCAAAUGAUCGAUUGAGAGAUCAUGACCAUAGUGGCUGGAAUGAAAUAUAUUCUGAAAUGAUUGAAGAAAAUAGAAAAAAUCGUCAGUUACGUCUUAUCUAUGCUGAUUUCACCUAUUCAACAUACAACCUGAAAAAAAUGACCAUCGCAUUAUCAAAAGAUAUGACAACAAAUCAAACUAUAUCAAAUUCUCAAUUAUCUGAAAAUGAUGUAAAAGGAAAAACUCAUUGUCCAACAAUUUCUUCAUCAUCAACUAAAAAGUAUAUUAAUAUACUUCUUUUUGGUGAGUCUGGUGUUGGUAAAUCAACUUUCAUUAAUGCUUUUGCUAAUUAUCUUUAUUUUCAAACUCUUGAUCAAGCUCAACAAGAAAAACCAAUUGUUAUUAUACCUGUGUCAUUUACAAUGACAAUUAAUUAUAUAUUUAAAAAAAAAAAAAUAAUUAAAUUUGGUGAUAUUGAUUCAAAUGAAAAUCAUAAUAAUCUAGGUCAAUCAGUAACUCAAAAAUGUCAAUGCUAUGUUUUUGAUAUUUCUCAAGACAAAAAACUAUGUAUUAUUGAUACACCUGGUUUUGGAGAUACACGUGGUGAUAAUCAAGAUAAUCUUAAUAUGGAAGAAAUAUUUUCUUUUCUUCAUAAUAUUCCUUAUCUAAAUGGUAUAUGUCUUUUAUUUAAACCUGAAAUUUUAGAAUUACAUCCUUAUUUUUAUUCUUGUUUUACUCAAUUAUUUGAUUAUUUUGGUGAAAAUAUUCGUGAUUAUAUAAUAUUUUGUUUUACUAAUGCUCGUUCAACAUUCUUUGCACCAGGAAAUACACGAACAUUAUUAAAAACAUUCUUUGAUUCAUUUCCUAUAAAGAAUAUUCCUUUUGAAAAAAAUAAUACAUUUUGUUUCGAUAGUGAAGCAUUUCGAUAUUUAGUUGCAUUACAAAAUUCUAUUGAAUUUGAUCCAAAUGAAAGAAAUGAAUUCGAACAAAGUUGGUUAAGAUCAGUGAUAGAAUCGAAACGUUUUCGUAAUUUUCUUUGUAAUCAACAUUCAUAUCGUAAAAAUAUUCAAUGGCAAUCAAUUAAACAUGCUCAAUUUCAAAUUAAAAACAUGAUUCGUCCAAUAUUAGAAACUUUACGAAAUCAUCUUCGAAAUAUAAUUUUGUAUAAUUCUAAUUCAUGCAUUAAACUUCAAGCUACACAUACGAAACAAUCUACAAUGAUUUGCUAUGCAUAUAAUCGUCAUCCUAAGAAUUAUGGAGAUAUUUGGAUAAUGCCAGAUCAUCUUCAUUAUUCACCUGACAUGUGUACAUCAGGUGAACAAAAACCAAUUAAAUAUACACUCAAUUAUGAAUUUCUUAAUCAGAAAGUUGAUGAAUCAAUAAAGGAAUUAAAAAGUGAACAUGAUAAUCUCUAUGUAACAUGUGCAAAAUUUUCUUACUUUUUAAUGAAAACAUCUUCGAAUUCAAAAGAAAAUCCAUUUCUUAGUGAUAUUAAUAGAAUAAUUCAUGAAGAGAAAUAUAUAUGUAGAACACAAACUAUGAAUGAUUUAAAUAGACAAUUGCUCAAUAGAUUGGAAGAACUGAAGAUAAAAUACGAAGAAUAUCUACAUACAAUAAAAUCAAGCAGCGAUGAUUUAACUUUAUCAGGAAUUUACAAUUUAAUAAAAUCAACUUAUAAAAUAUCCAUGAUUAAAAUCCAAUUAAAUGCCAUCAAUAAAUAUCAACAAACUUUGGUUCUAAAUAAUCAACAUGAAGUUUUUAUAGAUAAAACUUGUUCUUAG